AUUUAUUUGGUUGUAUUAUGAAUGUAAUAUGUGAAAGAAGUUAGUAAUAUUACUAUGGACAAAUUUGAGCACGAAUAUGGAAAAGUGAUUUUAAAAGGAGGCAAUUAUUUCACUGCUGAGCAUGAAACUGGUGCAAUCAAGUAAGACAAAGAUCUUCAUGCGAAGAUUCCAGAUAUUCCAGAACAUUUUUUAGAAAAUUUAUAAUUGGAUCCAUUCAGAAAUAUUUGCUAUUUUUUUAAUAUAAUAGAAACCAUGUGGCUAUGUGUAUAUAUCGUAUUUGUAUUCCUUCAUGGUUCCACAUGCGUGGAUCUAGUUUACCAUGUUGAAGAGGAAAAGAACAUUGGCACUUAUAUUGGAAAUAUUGCUUCUGACUCAAGACUGUGGAAUAUUUUAUCUUUAAAAUAUCGAAACCUUGUUACGUUCAACCAACUUGCCCAGAGACCAACAAGAGGUUCCCAACUAUUCAAUGUUACCAAAACAGGUAAAUUAUUCACCAUCCAGACCAUAGAUGCAGAAUCACUUUGUAUUUACAACACAGAAUGUUUUGACAUUAUCAAAAUUGCACUCCGUCAUGCACAAACUUUUAUCAAAGUUUUAAAAGUGAAAAUCGUGAUAAAAGAUGUAAAUGACAAUCAGCCUGGAUUUCCUAUAAAGGCAAUUGACCUCAAAUUUGAUGAAACAAAUGGUAAAGGUACAAAGAAAUCUUUACCAAAUGCUGUUGACAAAGAUGUAGGUAUUUUAAAUUCUCAGAUAGUGUAUACUUUAAAGAAAUCAAACGAACCAUUUUCAUUGACAGUUUCCAAAAGAGUAGAUGGAACAUCUAAACUAGACAUAGUCUUAGGUGAGACACUGGAUCGUGAAUCUGUGUCGGACUAUUACCUUCAAGUUAUUGCAAAAGAUGGAGGCUCCCCUCCUUUGCAAGGGGUCUUAGAUGUUCAUAUAACUGUUCUAGAUAUUAAUGAUAAUGCCCCUGUGUUCACUCAAGAAGUGUACAAUGUUACAAUAAAACAUUCCCACCAGAGGCCCAUGCCAGUUGUGGUUUUAUCUGCCAAAGAUAGAGAUUCAAAAGAAAAUAGUAAAAUAACAUAUCAUUUUAGUUCCAAGACAUCUGAUAUUGCAAAACAUAAUUUCAAAUUAAAUGAUAAAACAGGUGAGAUAUUUUUAUUACAGAGAUUUUUCUCAGAGCAAUUAAGGAAUUAUAAACUAUUUGUGGAAGCAAAAGAUGGAGGAAAUCCUCCAUUAAGUUCCAUUGCAACUGUUCUAGUAAACUUAAUCAAUCAACAGAACAAUGCUCCUGAGAUUGAUGUGAAUUUUGUCUCUGAAGUACAAAAGAAUAUUGCAGCAAUAUCGGAAGGAAUGAAAGUAGGCAGCUUCAUUGCUUAUGUCAGUGUUAUUGAUAAAGAUGUUGGCUUGAAUGGUGAGGUACACUGUACUUUAAAUAGUGAGAAAUUUCAACUUUUGAAUCUAGGUUCAAAUGAAUAUAAAAUAAUAAUUAAAAAAGAAGUUGACAGAGAAAAACAAGACCAUUAUAGUAUUAAAAUUUCUUGCCAAGAUAAAGGAUCACCACCAUUAUGGACAGAGAGAAAGUUUUCCAUUCAAGUGAUAGAUGUCAAUGAUGUACAGCCUCACUUCACUAAAGAUACGUUUAAGUUUUUGACUUAUGAGAAUGAGGAACCAAAUUUCCCUGUUGGGUUCAUCAAUGCCACAGAUCCAGAUUUGGGUGACGGUGGUCAGCUUUUGUUUUCUGUAAUAAAUGAUAAUAAAUAUCCAGUACCUUUUCAAAUUACAAACUAUGGCUUCUUAUCAACGACCAAGGCACUGGACAGAGAACAAUCUAAAUCAUAUGUAUUUAAAGUGGCUGUCAGUGAUAACGGAACACCAUCACUGAACAGUACAGCAAACAUUAUUGUUGAAGUCAUGGAUGAGAAUGAUAAUGCACCAUACUUCACAUUUCCUAGUGUUAACCCUUUCAGCCUAGAUGUCCAUUAUCACCCACAAAGCAAAAAUGACAUCACAGUUCUGAGAGCUUCAGAUAGAGACAGUCGGGAAAAUGCUUUCCUUACAUUUUUAAUUUUGGCAGGCAAUAAUAAACAAUUAUUUACCAUUAAUCCCCAUUCUGGAGUGUUAGCUUUCUCUCGGCCAGUUUACCAAAAUGAUGCCGGGUCAUACAACCUUCUGUUAGUUGUGAAAGACAGUGGCAGCCCAGUGCUGUCAGCAACCACUACACUGUCCUUAACACUAACUGUCAGCAACAGAACAUCCCCAAUGCUGACAGCUGCUCACAUCCAAUCUAGUGACAUGAUAGAUAUCAACUUGGUCAUUAUCAUAGUUGUUACAGCUGUAGUGAUAUCAAUUGCUAUAGUUGUUAUAAUAACGAUAUGUAUAGUGAGAUGUAACAGAAGGAGAAAUAUGUUACAUACAGCAGCAAUGAAUCCAGCCAUGCAACCAGGACGAGAGAAAUGUUUAAUGAUAUCUCAGAGUAACAAUCCUUUUGCUAUAACACAGAACCCCGAAGAAGGGGUGCAUCACAGUACACCAUCAAUGAGAUCCAGAAGGGAUUUCUGUCCAGAGCAGGAGCUACCUGUUGAAUGGACGUCAUUAACAUCACCUGGGAAAAGACUUUCUGCUUCUCAGGACGAAACCUAAAUGAUAAAGAAAGCUUAUUAUGUAGUAUUUAUAUUUAAAUUCAUAAAACUUGAAUCUAGAUAUAAAAACAUAAUGACACUUGAAGCAAAAUCAAAAGUGAGUUUGCAGUGCAAGGAUCAAACCCUGUUUACUAGCUGACCAAUGGUGCCCUCACACAGGGCUUCCAGUUUUAGUUAGCUUUCAUAUAUAUUAUUGUUGUUUAACCCCUGGGGCAGUUCUGGUCGAUGUAAUCUAUGAUCAAAAGCAAUCAAGCCCUGACCACUACAAUUUGUUUUCUGUUUUAUUGUCCAUUCUUUUCUUUUUUUUUUCAUUUUUUUUUGGUUUCUUUUUUUUUGCUUUUGCUUUUGCUGCCGGAUCGGAUGUAGUGUCUGUGUGUGACUACAUUAUCUAACGUGUCUUUUACUUUUUUAAAAAUAUCAUAGCAGUGUUCUCAGUGUUUUUGACUUCACAGUGCACUGGAGUUCAAAGGAAAAAAAAAAGAAAGAGAAAACAAAUAUUUCAUGUGGAAUGGUAAAAAAAAAAUAUAUAUAUAUAUAUAUUUGAAGUUUAGACUUUAGAAGCACACACACACAUACAUGCACACACCUACGCACUCACCCAUACUCACACUUACACACUCAUUCAUACAUACAUACAUACAUACAUACACACACUUACACACAUGUUUGCAUGCAUACAUACAUGCAUACAUAUAUUCAUUCAUACAUACAUGCAUGCAUCCAUACAUGUAUGUAUACAUGCACACAUACAUAUAUACAUACAUACAUGCACAGAUACAUACAUCCAUGUUUACAACAUACAUACAGCAUGCAUACAUGCAUACAUAGAUACAUAUAUUUAUAGAGUUAGAUAGAUAGAUAGUUAGAUAAACCCACACUUAUAUGCUCACACACACAUCCUUGUACAUGCAUACAUAAAUACAUAUAUAUAUAUAUAUGUAUGCACAAAUACAUACA